AUGAUACCGUCCCUCUUCAAUGAUCUGGCAGACAAAAUGCUGUUCGUGCACAAGGCGCUGGAGCUGACAUCUGCCUUAUCGCUGGACAUCUUUGAGAUGCAGCCAUGCACAACGCUGUAUUUCCUGCUGGGACCGUCGGCCUUGCGGCCAGUGGAGAUCUAUGCUCUCUCAUGCAGCGCCACUGCACAUGUAGCGGCAGAGCCAGAUGACAGAUGUGCAGAAGUGGCUAGGGACAUUUCCAGGAAGGUUCUGCGCAGUCUCAUCAUCAACACAGCGGCUGUGCCUGAGGGCAAGGCGUCUGCAGGUACCACAAAGCUCUUUCUGCUUCUGCAAGCGCCACAGCAAGAGGCACCUCCUCCAGGGUUCAUGCCCAAGAGAGCCUUCCAGCUGAAGCAGCGAAGGGGCCUCCAGGUACAGAUACAGCUGGGGACACCACAGACUGACGCCUCCGCUGCAGAGACAUGUGAAGCAACUGCUUCUGCGACAAUAGAUCUGGAGCACAGCACUGCAGACGGGGGCUCAGUUGUCAAAGACAGGGAAUUGGUAUGGUAUCAGUGCACCACCAGCCUGAAGAGUCUCACGACUGUCAGCUCCAACCCUACUGGCAUUAGUGACUUCAUGUGA